AUGUCAGAUACGCUAGGACCGGAGUUUUACCCACUGUUUGCACCAUGGUUGGGUUUUGCUGGAUGUGCAGCAGCAAUGAUUCUUUCGUGCGCUGGCGCAGCAAUUGGCACUGCAAAAUCUGGAAUAGGUAUCGCUGGUAUCGGUACUUUUAAACCUGAACUCAUUAUGAAGUCGUUGAUUCCCGUAGUGAUGUCGGGUAUCUUGUCUGUGUAUGGAUUAGUCGUGGCCGUGUUGAUUGCGGGUGGAUUAUCACCUACAGAAAAUUAUUCACUUUUCAACGGGUUUAUGCACUUGGCAUGUGGACUUAGUGUAGGGUUUGCGUGUCUCGCAUCUGGUUAUGCCAUUGGAAUAGUUGGUGAUGAGGGUGUCAGACAAUUUAUGCAUCAGCCACGUCUAUUUGUCGGAAUUGUGUUGAUCUUGAUUUUCGCUGAAGUUUUGGGAUUGUACGGAAUGAUUAUAGCCUUGAUAUUAAACACAAAGGGUAAUUGA